CAAGAAAAGACAUGGAAAAUGAGGAUUAUGUCGAUGUGGACGAUAACGAUUUCGCUGAGAGCGACACGGACACAUCUCUUGUGCCUCGCAGUGCGACCAUCAACUUCUCUGCGCUGACUCGAAAGCUUGAGGCAUCGAGGAAGGACGGAGAUAAUGGCGACGAUAGCUCUGGUCUACCCACACACCGGCGGCAACAAGACAGUCUCGUCUCGCAUAUAUUUCAGGACCACGACUUCUCUUGGCUACACCUGAAAUCCGAUCAUGCUUCUCGCCCUCUAUGGAUCAGUCCUGAAGAUGGACAUAUCAUCCUGGAGGCGUUUUCGCCCAUUGCUGAGCAAGCGCAGGACUUCUUGGUCGCGAUUAGCGAGCCUGUCAGUAGACCCGCAUUCAUCCACGAAUACAAACUUACGUCGUACUCGCUAUACGCCGCGGUGUCAGUUGGCCUCCAGACGGAAGAUAUUAUAGAAGUUUUGAAUCGUCUUUCAAAGGUCCCUGUACCCGAGAGUAUCACCACGUUCAUUCGUGAACGCACGUUAUCGUAUGGCAAGGUCAAGCUCGUUCUGAAACAUAACAAGUAUUAUGUGGAAUCCAGCCACCCAGAGACCCUGCAAAUUCUUCUCAAGGACAGGGUCAUACGGGAAGCCCGGGUACACUCUGCGCCUGUCGACAACAGCAUCAAGGCCUCAACCUUUACCACGGCCAAAGCACCAGUCAAAGGUAAUCUCGUCAUAUCUGGCACUAAAGAGGCCGAGAAGAAGAAGGACGAAUCGGCCUCUGGCAAGGGUACGAAUGGCGCGCCUACGAGCGACAAGGAGCUAUUUACUUCUGUUGUCGGGGUGGAGUCAGACGAAAUUGAGGAAGACGACGACACCGUUCAUUCCUUUGAGAUAGAUGACACGAAGAUUGAUGAUGUCAAAAGGCGCUGCAACGAACUCGAGUAUCCGAUGCUCGAGGAGUACGACUUCCGGAACGAUACCGUGAACGCCAAUCUGGACAUCGACUUGAAACCAUCUACGGUUAUUCGACCAUACCAGGAGACCAGUUUGAGCAAGAUGUUCGGCAAUGGCCGCGCGCGUUCCGGAAUCAUUGUUCUACCUUGUGGUGCGGGCAAGACCCUUGUGGGCAUAACGGCGGCAUGUACAAUCAAAAAAUCUUGCCUUGUGCUCUGCACCUCUUCGGUCUCUGUGAUGCAAUGGCGACAGCAGUUCAUGCAGUGGUCCAACAUUACAGAUCGUCAAAUCGCCGUCUUCACUGCAGAUCAGAAAGAGAAGUUUGCAGGCGAGAGUGGCAUAGUCGUGUCGACAUAUUCAAUGGUCGCCAAUACGCACAAUCGUUCCCACGAGUCCAAGAAGAUGAUGGACUUCCUAACAUCGCGCGAGUGGGGCUUCAUCUUGCUUGACGAGGUGCACGUUGUCCCGGCGGCCAUGUUUCGUCGAGUCGUGACCACCAUCAAGGCACAUUCGAAGCUCGGUCUCACAGCCACCCUUGUUCGCGAGGAUGAUAAGAUCGCGGAUUUGAACUAUAUGAUCGGUCCAAAGCUUUAUGAAGCCAACUGGAUGGAUCUCGCCGCAAAGGGCCACAUCGCAAACGUGCAGUGUGCCGAGGUGUGGUGUCCCAUGACGCCGGAGUUCUACCGCGAGUAUCUGCGCGAGCAGUCGAGGAAGCGCAUGCUGUUGUACUGCAUGAACCCCAAGAAGUUCCAGGCCUGUCAGUUCCUAAUCAAGUACCACGAAGACCGCGGGGACAAGAUUAUCGUGUUCUCAGACAAUGUCUACGCCUUGGAGGCUUACGCAAAAAAGCUUGGGAAACUCUAUAUCCACGGGGGGACAGGUCAAGUUGAGCGGAUGAGAAUUUUGCAGCAUUUCCAGCACAGCCCGGAGGUCAACACCAUCUUCCUGUCAAAGGUGGGCGACACUUCGAUUGACCUCCCCGAAGCGACCUGCCUUAUUCAGAUCUCGUCCCACUUCGGUUCGCGGCGGCAAGAGGCACAGCGGCUCGGGCGUAUCCUCCGAGCCAAGCGGAGGAAUGAUGAAGGUUUUAACGCCUUCUUCUACUCGCUGGUGUCGAAGGACACGCAAGAGAUGUUCUACAGUACGAAGCGGCAGCAGUUCCUGAUCGACCAGGGGUAUGCGUUCAAGGUCAUCACGCAUUUGGACGGCAUGGAAGACAUGUCAGACCUGGUGUACAAGACACGGGAUGAGCAGAUCGAGCUGCUGUCGUCGGUGCUCAUGGCCAACGAGAGUGAAGCGGACCUGGGCACCGACGUUCGCGCGAAUGAGGGCGACCUGGCGGGCACGAUCACGUCCAAGGACUUUGGCAUGCCGGGCAAGUUCCCGGCGGUCCAGCGCACGACAGGGUCCCUUGCGGCGCUGAGCGGCGGACAGCACAUGUCAUACGUGGAGCAGAACAAGUCGGCGAAUAAGAAGCUUGCUCGAGAAGCUGCUCCGCGGCAUAAACUGUUCGCGAAACGGGAUAAGGACAAGGCUGCUGCGCGGAAGGAGGCUCGUGCGCAGGUGUAAGGGGCAGGAGUGAUUACGGUGUAUUGGCUAGUGUACUGUACUGUAGAAUAAAC